AUGCCAAACAAAUCAUCAUCAAUGGCUUGGAACUGGUACACCCUCUGCGGAGAAGAAGGCUUUCAAAUCUGGUCGCCUCAACGCCACGAUUUUGGUAUAUGCUUCCAACAGUUGUGUUUGCACAUUCCAGUGCUUAUCGUCCUGGCCAUCUCUUCAGCCUACUAUUUCGGAAAACAAGUUGAAUUUGUCACCAGAGGCCGAAUUCAGAAACUAGCCAUCAGUCUGCGAUGCUGUCUCAGUCUCAUACUCACCAGUCUUCCUAUACUGCAGAUAUACAUCGAUAAUUACAGGGGCGAAGAAAAUAUAGCAGAUAUUUCCUUCUUCUUGAGUGCCAUACAGGGCAUAGCCUGGGUGACCCAUUUCAUCUACAAUCUGGGUCUGAGGAAGCGCCUGGGCAAAAGCCCCAGAGGCCCCAUCUUCAUGUGCAUCCUUUGGUCGCUAAUUUUCGCACUCACAGUGGUUUCUGCUCGGAGUCACUAUCUGCUCUACAAGUAUUCCUUCCAGUACAAUUACAGUAUUAACUUAGCAUAUGGAUUCAGCGUGGCGUAUUUGAUAGUGCAAGUUUUGUAUGCUCUGACGAUGAUACCAGAUGAAGGAGGGACGACGUAUCUGAAUUUUUCUGAGAGGUAUACAGAGAUUUCCGUGGAACACCAGCCUCUGCUCACCGGCAGCGCCUACUUCCGCUUCCGCGAAGAGAACGACCCCACCUACUUUGGAGUAGCCAUGGAGGACACUGCGUGGCCCUCCAAGAUCUUCUUCUCGUGGGUGAACCCGCUCAUGGAAAAAGGAGUGGCGGGAGGGCUGAAGAAGCCCGACGAUCUGCACGAUUUGCCCCCAAACAUGAGUUGCGGACACAUGGGGGCGAAGAUGACGCAAAAAUCUGAAGAAGAACGUUUGGCAGACAGUCGUACAGACGCAGGCACUCUGAAAAAACUCAGCUUGCUGAAAGCCCUCUACAGGACUUUUUCAGUGCAGUUCUUCAGCAUCGGAAUCCUGAAGCUGGUCGCUGAUAUGUCGGGAUUCGCUGGACCGAUGUUACUGAACAAACUGGUAGGAUUUAUUGAAGAUAAAUCAGAAUAUAUUGGAUGGGGGUACGCCUAUGCUGCUGGUCUGGUGCUCACAACCAGUAUAUCUGCUCUCUGUGAUUCCCAUUUCAAUUUUUUGAUGGGGAUAAUCGGAUUGAGGAUGAGGGGAGCAGUGGUAACUGUUAUUUACCAGAAAAUUUUGUCAGUCAGCUCCACUUUGCUCAACUCUCAGUUGUCAGUGGGAGAAAUAGUCAAUUUCAUGUCGACCGAUACCGAUCGCAUCGUCGGUUCUUGUCCCAGUUUCCAUGCUGUGUGGAGUAUACCGUUCCAACUUGGUGUCACCCUGUAUUUGUUGUACACCCAAGUUGGCUUAGCGUUUCUAGCUGGCCUAGUCUUCAGCAUCGUCCUCAUUCCCAUCAACAAAUAUAUAGCGAACAAAAUAGGAGAACUCAGCACCAAACUGAUGCAGAAAAAAGAUGCAAGGGUGAAAAUUAUCACCGAAAUCUUGAGAGGAAUCAAAGCCAUAAAGUUGUAUGUGUGGGAACAACACUUUGUACGAAUGACAACAAAAUUGAGAGACCAAGAACUGAAAUACCUGAGAGGCCGCAAAUACUUGGACGCUCUCUGUGUAUACUUUUGGGCGACCACCCCGGUGAUCAUUUCCAUUCUGACAUUCGCGACUUAUGUCUUGAUGGGCAACAAACUCACCGCUGCCACUGUAUUCACGAGCAUGGCCCUCUUGAAUAUGCUGAUCAGCCCGUUGAAUGCCUUUCCAUGGGUGCUGAACGGUUUAACAGAAGCUUGGGUAUCCAUCAAAAGGAUACAAAAACUUCUAGAUCUAGAUGAUUUGGAUUUCGAGAAGUAUUAUGACAACUCCUUACUGGAAAAUUCUGACGAAGAAUCGACAGAUAUACUGAUCAUAAAUGGAGGCUUUAGUUGGCUGAAACAUUUGACAUCUUUGGAAAAAUCGCAGCUACAUUCGUCUAUCGAACAAAAAUCGAUCAAAGGAAAAGGGAAAGGAAAGAAAUCUAGUUUAGCUAUUGAUAAGAGGAAAUUUGCUGAGAGCAUCGAGGAAAAAAAUGGAGAUGACCUCGUUUUCCAGUUGAACAAUAUUAAUUUGAAAAUUAAAAAAGGACAAUUUAUUGGAAUUGUAGGUUCUGUGGGUAGUGGAAAGUCAUCACUACUUUCAGCAAUAUUAGGUGAACUUUCCAAAACAUCAGGAAAUAUUGUAAUCAGUCAGAUUGAGUCAGGAUUUGGAUUCGUAACACAACAACCCUGGUUGCAGAGGGGCACUAUUAGAGACAUAAUUCUCUUCGGCAAGCCAUAUGAUGACACCAAGUAUAAAUCGGUCCUCUUCGCGUGUGGAUUAGAAGAAGACAUGCAGAUAUUACCUGCUGGUGACAUGACAGGUGUAGGGGAGAGUGGAACAACCCUUUCCGGUGGCCAGAAAGCUAGAAUUGCGCUAGCUAGGGCGGUGUACCAAGACAAGUCCGUGUACAUCCUAGACGACAUAAUGUCUGCAGUCGAUAUCAGGGUUGCCAAACAUAUCUUCCAACACUGCAUCAUGGGAUUACUGAAACAAAAAACGAGGAUCCUGUGUACCCAUCACGUCAGGUAUUUGGUACACGCUGACAGGCUAGCACUGUUAGAGAAUGGGACAUUGAACAUUGUAGGGAAGCCUGCAGACGUUUUGGGAAAGAUAGAUGACACCCUUCCUGUCGACUUGGAACUUGAAGAUAGCAUUCAGUCCACUUCUACGUCCACCACGAAUUCCGGGCUAGCUGCCUCCAUUAAAGUUGAUUCACCCAAUUCCUCGAACGAUAAAGACGAUAUAAUGUUGGAAGAGUUUAGUGAGAGGGGUAGUCUCGAGAUAGGGGUUUACACUUCAUAUUGGAAAGGGAUUGGUCAUGCUGUCAGCUGUCUCAUUUUGGUGUCUGUCACUUUGAUGCAGUUUUCCAGAAAUAUGACUGAUUGGUGGUUGGCACAUUGGGUGACGAAUGCUGAAAACAAUGCGACAAAUUCCACCAACACUACUGGUCUCGUAGCACAAUUAGAUAUCCCGAUAUUAGGCACGUGGGGAUCAGGAGAUCCUGUGGUCAACUCGUACUUGAGAGUAUACAUCGAGUUCGCCCUGGUGAAUACUCUUUUCACUCUGAUAAGAUCGUUCGUUUUUGCAUACGGAGGCGUAGUGGCAGCCACGAAAUUCCACAAACUGCUAUUGAGAUCUGUGAUGAGGGGACGAUCAGUAUUCUUCGAUAUUACACCAACAGGAAGAAUACUGAACAGAUUUUCUAGUGACACUUACACCGUAGACGACUCUCUACCUUUCAUACUCAACAUUUUACUAGCACAACUUUUCGGUCUCAUAGGCAGUCUUGCGAUAACGAUAUAUGGUCUGCCUUGGAUAUGUUUGAUACUGGUUCCGUUGAUACCGGUAUAUCAUUGGUUGAUGAGUCAUUACAGAAUGACAUCGAGAGAACUGAAGAGAAUAUCGAGUGUGACACUGUCGCCGGUUUAUAGUCACUUCAACGAAACGCUACAAGGAUUGACUACUAUCAGAGCCAUGAGAGCGACCCAGCGAUUCAACCGCGUCAAUCAACACAACGUCGAUGCCAACAUCAAAGCGCAGUUCGCUAGUCAAGCGGCAUCUAGAUGGCUGGGGCUCAGACUGCAGUUCAUCGGAGUAGCCGUGGUGACAGGCGUCAGCUUCAUCGCCGUGAUACAGCAUCAGUACGAUGUCGCUGAUCCCGGGAUGGUUGGAUUGGCGAUUUCCUACGCUUUGACUAUAACAGCAGCUUUAGGUGGAGUGAUAACCUCGUUUACUGAAACCGAAAGAGAAAUGAUAGCAGUGGAACGUGUUAAUCAGUACAUAGAAGACAUACCGGCAGAGUCCGUGUACUUUGUGACAGAUCCGCCAUUUGCUUGGCCCAGCCAGGGAGUUAUCGCUUUCAAAGAUGUCGUCCUGAAAUACAGGGAGCAUUUGGUGCCUUCAUUGAAAGACAUAUCAUUCGAAACGAGACCGUGUGAAAAAAUCGGAGUUGUCGGAAGGACAGGAUCCGGAAAAAGUUCGAUGGUGUCAGCUCUGUUCAGGCUAGUGGAGAUUUCUUCAGGAUCCAUUUGUAUCGAUACUGUCGACAUCAAAAGGAUAUCCAUUUCGGCCUUGAGAUCAAGGAUGUUCUGCAUACCGCAGGAUCCUUUCCUCUUCACCGGAUCCGUCAGAGAGAACCUGGAUCCGCUCGGAGAAUUCCGGGACAACGAAAUCAGCAGCGCCCUGACCAAAGUCAACCUCAUGGAGGUGUUGAGACGCUCGGGGGGGUUGGACUUUAGGGUGGAGGAGGGUGGUUCGAAUUUUUCCGUGGGGCAGAGGCAGCUGGUCUGUUUGGCCAGAGCGGUGCUUCAUAAUGCUAAGAUAUUAUGUAUAGACGAAGCGACAGCGAACGUGGAUGAAGACACCGACAGACUGAUCCAACAGACCAUCAGAACGGCCUUCCGACAGAGCACCGUCAUCACCAUUGCCCAUCGCAUCCAGACCAUCUUCGAUUCUGAUAGAGUACUUGUCCUCAGCCAUGGGGAAAUAUUGGAGUUCGGAAGUCCUGAUGACCUCAUGGCAGAUCCCAACUCCCACUUCCAUAAGUUAGUCGACGAAUCGUGA